CAUAUUAAUUGCGUAAAUCAAUUGAAAAAAAUUCUAUACUAUUAUAUUUUUAAUACAAUGGGAUCAAAUCUAUAACUGAAUUAGAAGCUGAGAUAUCAACAAUCUAAUCAACCUUAGCAGGGUGAAACUUAGGGGGUUAUUUUAGUAAGACGGGUUAAACUACGUUUAAUAGUUAUCGAUGAGGAAAGAAUUGGCUUGUUCCGAAUUCGUUCCCAUAUCAGGUUUUUUUGGCACUGCCACUGGACUGUAGUGAGGUGCACGUUAUGGGAGCGGAGGAAGGUCGGAGAACAGCGUUGGCGAUAACGUGGACCGCUUUGUAUACAGCGAGUGAUAGCGAAUGUUGAAGCAAGCGGAUGAGAGCUGAGCCAAGUCUCUGUCGUCUGCUUGCCGAGCUUCUCUUUUCUGCCACGAGUAUUCGCUACAUGUUCAGGCCGAGCAUCGUCGAAUGUUGAUCGAGUCAAGGCGACGCCAUUCGCCAUUGUGGAUUGUGUUGUGGCUUGAAGCUCGCUCGUCUCGUGUGUGCAUCAAACCUUGACGAGUAAGUUUAUCACUUAUUAUCAAACUUACUUCACAUUUAAUUAAAUUAACUGAAGGGAUUAUUUCAAUAAUCUAUUGAUCUUUUAGUUUUUAUGAAGAAACACUUUUGAGGGAGAGCUCAACUAUAAUUUGUAGCCCGAUUUUUGGUUAUCAAGUGUUGGCGUUUAGACUGUAGACUGUAGACUCGGUCAGCGCGUUCUCUCUGGCUUACUCGCCUCAGCUGUGAGAUACGGCACAAUGGCACUGAAUAGGACAAUUAAUCAUUGCUUGCGGACUUCUGUAACGUUAAAAAUCUGUCAGUUUAAAAUGACAAGCUUGGACAUUAUAUCUUCGGAAGGCCUCUGUGAUUUAUUAUAAGCUUCAUCGUUUUUAAAAAGGAUUAUUUCUUUUAUAUUGUCAAGUUUCCGACAACAACAUGGCGUUUUACGAGGAUGAAGAAGACUCUGAAAUGAAUUGGUCAAACGAAAUGACUCGAGAGUUCUUGGAAAUUUAUGAAAAGUAUCCGAUUCUGUGGUUCCCCGGUCACAAAGAUAAUAAAAAUAGAAACGCUGUUAAUAAUGCGUGGCUGGGAAUUCAGCAAGAAUUCGGAAUUGAUAUUUCGGUAAGAACUCUGCGAAGGAAAAAAGAGUCAAUUAUGGCAACCUACAGGAGUCUACGGAAAAGAGUUGAAAAGGAAGAAGCUGAAGGACGCAGUUAUCAGCCCACCUGGUAUCUCUUCACUUUGGCCGACAGAAUUAUGAAAAAAAUCCGUGCCAAAGAUUUGAUGUACAAUGAUGAGCCAGCUGAAAAUGUUGAAGCAGAAAAUAAUCAUGAUGUGCGAGUCAAACGGUCUUCCGCUAAGAAACGAUUGAAACUACAAGAACCUGUACUAGAGGUUGAUGGAAUUGUUGAGGAUGAUUCAUCAAAUCAGCCCUUAGAGUUUGUGAACGGAAAAUCCGGUAGAGCUAGCUCCAGAAAGUCAGGAACCAAAAGAAAAAAUCGUGAAAAUAGGAGCGAAUCGAAUGUUAUAUUUGAUACCGAUUAUACGAGCUGUGAUCCUUACGAUGUAAUGGAGCAGAUUCUACCUCAAUCAAGUGCAUCGGAAUCGUACGAUUCUUGCGCACUGUACUGUCAGCUGCUCGCCGAUAAACUUCGAAGUUUGAGCAGUCGAAAUCGAAUGAUUGUGCAGAAUAAAAUCGACAACUUGGUUUUCCGUGCUUGGAUGGAUGAAAUUGGCGCUUCCUCCAGUGAACAAAGACCAUUUUCCAAAUCCGUGAAAGGAAGUGAUGCUGAAGAUAACCAACAGAACGAAAUGCCUGUUAUUGAUUCUGAUCCAAUUGCUAAAACUACGGUUAAUAAGCAUUCAGAUGCCUUGGAUUCUGAUUCAACUGCUAUUAACUCGGUUACCAACAUGGAAGAUCAAACUGAAGAUACGAUUAAUGAGCAUUCAGAUGUUUUGGGAAGUGAGUUUAUUGAAGAUCAAUAACCAAGAAGUGCUCUUUUUUAUUCAAUAACCUAAACUUUUUAAAGGUGAACCAAUGAAUUUACUUUAGAUUUGACUAUAUAUAUAUAUAUAUAUAUAUAUAUAUAUAUAUAUAUAAAUUAAAACAGGAGACACAAGAUAUAAAUAGAUUGAAAACACUUAAAAACUUACAUUAGAAAUAGGGAAAUUUUUAAUGUAAGUUUUUAAGUGUUUUCAAUCUAUUUAUAUCUUGUGUCUCCUGUUUUAAUUUAUAUUACAAACUUUACAGUGUCUUCUGUUAUGUGCUAUAUAUAGGGAUGUAAUGGUGUGUUUUUUUUCAUUAAACAUUCUGAAUUUUGUGUUUGAAUAGAAAAUAUCUUGUACAUUUAAUCACGAAAUAUUGUUUACUUCUUUCCGGGUCUCUUUAAUAUUUUUUCAUUAUCGUCAAGUGAGCAUUAAUUGUGCAAAUUAUACUGCACGAAAAUAUUUGACUAUAAUCAUCAUUCCAAUCGGAUUAUUUGCAAUAAUUGUGAAUAUAUACUAAAAAUCUAUUGUGAUACUAUUGUUGAUUAUGGAUAUUAUAAAUUUGUAAUUCAAUUGAAAAAA